AUGAUGGACGUUAACAGCAGCGGCCGCCCGGACCUCUACGGACACCUGCGCUCCGUCCUCCUGCCAGAGGUAGGGCUGCCGGACCUAAGCCCCGACGGCGCCGGCCCGGCCGCGGGCUCCUGGGCGCCGCACCUGCUGCGCGGGGUCCCUGAGGUGACCGCCAGCCCCGCGCCCCAGGACAAUGCCUCCGGCUGCGGGGAGCAGAUCAACUACGGCAGAGUCGAGAAAGUUGUGAUCGGCUCCAUCCUGACGCUCAUCACGCUGCUGACGAUCGCCGGCAACUGCCUGGUGGUGAUUUCGGUGUGUUUCGUCAAGAAGCUUCGCCAGCCCUCCAACUAUCUGAUCGUGUCCCUGGCGCUGGCCGACCUCUCGGUGGCUGUGGCGGUCAUGCCUUUUGUCAGCGUCACAGACCUUAUCGGGGGCAAGUGGAUCUUUGGCCACUUCUUCUGCAACGUAUUCAUUGCCAUGGACGUCAUGUGUUGCACCGCCUCAAUCAUGACCCUGUGCGUGAUCAGCAUCGACAGGUACCUGGGAAUCACGCGGCCGCUAACGUACCCUGUGAGGCAGAAUGGGAAAUGCAUGGCGAAGAUGAUUCUCUCUGUCUGGCUUCUUUCCGCCUCCAUCACUUUGCCCCCGCUCUUUGGGUGGGCUCAGAACGUAAACGAUGACAAGGUGUGCCUGAUCAGCCAAGAUUUUGGCUACACGAUCUACUCCACUGCAGUGGCGUUUUACAUCCCCAUGUCCGUCAUGCUUUUCAUGUACUAUCAGAUUUACAAGGCCGCCAGGAAGAGCGCCGCCAAACACAAGUUCCCCGGCUUCCCGCGCCUGCACCCGCCGGACAGCAUCAUCUCCCUGAACGGCAUGGUGAAGCUCCAGAAGGAGGUGGAGGAGUGUGCCAACCUUUCGAGACUCCUCAAACACGAAAGGAAAAACAUCUCCAUCUUUAAGAGAGAACAGAAAGCAGCCACCACCUUGGGGAUCAUCGUCGGGGCCUUCACUGUGUGCUGGCUGCCGUUUUUCCUCCUCUCGACAGCCAGACCCUUCAUCUGCGGCACAGCCUGCAGCUGCAUCCCGCUGUGGGUGGAGAGGACAUUUCUGUGGCUGGGCUAUGCAAACUCUCUCAUUAACCCUUUUAUAUAUGCCUUCUUCAAUCGGGACCUGAGGACCACCUAUCGCAGCCUGCUCCAGUGCCAGUACCGGAAUAUCAACCGGAAGCUCUCGGCUGCAGGCAUGCACGAGGCCCUGAAGCUUGCCGAGAGGCCCGAGAGGCCCGAGUUUGUGCUACAAAACUCUGACUACCGUAGGAAAAAAAGUCAUGAUUCAUGA